GAGCUUUCUGCCUCUUCAGCCUCACUGAGCUUCAUAAGGAGCAGUUGUGUAAUUUACACACAGAGCUUUCUGCCUCUUCAGCCUCACUGAGCGUCACAAGGAGCAGUUGUGUAAUUUACACACAGACAUUAAGACGUGUUUCAGCAUCACUGCUGUGGAGAUCGUUGAACCACUUCCUCACCAUGGAAAGAGCGAGAAUCUCAUCUCAGUUCAGGAGCAUCAUCUCUAAAAGCCUCCUUAUCAAACCAGGACCCCCUGCUGUUUACCAACUAACAACAAAAAAGGAGAACUUUGGACCUCUGACAAGAAUAACUCUGGGAAAGAAAGAUUUGAACAAGGCCAACAGAACGGUGCUGCUGGUGGGGGAAACAGGAGCAGGAAAGUCCACCAUCAUCAACUCUCUGGUCAACUACGCCAUGGGAGUAAGGUUUGAUCAUGAAAUCUGGUUUCAAAUCAUAGAAGGAGAAGGGGAAAAGCAGACUGAAAGCCAGACAUCAGACGUGAUCGUCUACGAGAUCUUUGGGUUUGAGGAUCGAAUUCUGCCGUUCUCUCUGACCAUCAUCGACACGCCUGGAUUUGGAGACACCAGAGGGAUUGAGAAAGAUAUUAUUGUCAGUCAAAGAUUGUUUGACUUGUUUCGAUCAGAUGAUGGCAUUAAUGAGAUUCAUGCUGUGGGUCUGGUGGUGAAGGCCACAGAUAACCGAGUCAAUGAUCGCCUUUCAUACGUCUUCAAUUCAGUCAUGUCUCUGUUUGGGAAAAACCUGGAGAAAAGCAUCGUGGCUCUCAUUACUCACUCAGAUGGAAGAACGCCCAAAAAUGUUCUUCAAGCUCUUGCAGCUACAAAAAUCAAAUGUGCCAAAAAUGAAAAGAAUCAACCUAUUUACUUCCUUUUUGAUAACUCCCAAACUGAUGACCGAUCUGAGGACAUCGAGUUCCUAAAAAUUGCUACUGACAUUUCAACAAAAGGAAUGAGAGCCUUCACUGCCUUCCUGGAGGAGAAAUCGGCUCAAAAACUGAUGACGACUACGGACGUCCUGAAGGAACGCAUCAGCCUGACGGCCUGUAUCCAGAACCUGCAGGAGAGAAUCCAGUUAACUGAGCAGAAACAGGAGGAACUGAAACAAACCCAUGAUGCUCUGGUCAAACAAGUAGAAGACAUGAACAAAUCUGAGACCGUCACUGUAGAAGUCGAUGACGUCUACAAAGAAAGGGAGUCUCUUCGAAGUAAGAAGCUUUUCAGGUUUGGUCUCUUUGAAAAAGCGAUGGUCUGCACCGUCUGUGAGGAGAACUGCCACUAUCCUGGCUGUACACUCAGUCCCAGUCCCCAACAUUGUGACGUCAUUAGAAAAGGUCGUUGCACUGUCUGCACCGGGAAAUGUCCUCCAUCAGCUCAUGUGAAGGAAAACUGGAGAUAUGUCAUAAAAACCAAAAAGGUUAAGAAGAUUAUAGAAAUCAAGAAAGAGAACAAGUCAGAGAAGUUCGACCCUGAACUCAAGUUUAAAUAUAUCAAAGGUCUUGCAGAGCAGAUACAGAAACUGAAAGACGAGAAGUUCCAGCUGGUCCAUGAGUCCUACCAACAUGUCAUCCAACUGGAGGAGAUCGCACUCAAGGUGGAAUCUGUCUCCACUCUUGUCCACCUGGAUUUCCUGAUUGAGAAGAUGAAGGAAACUGGAGAUGAAGCAAAGGUCCAGAAAUUGGAGAAAAUGAGAAGUGAAAUGGAUGAAGGAACCAAAUUAGCGCUGCAAUAUUUGUGGGGCAGAAUGGAACUGUGUAAAAGCAGUCAAGAACCGACACAUCCGUGAAGAGAGUCCAACAGGAAGCUUCAUUACCUCUGGAAAGCUUCCAGUUUAGAAACUUUGCUCAGGUUUCAGUCAAAUAACCUCCCAUUUGACCUGAGAAAGGAAAAUGGCUUUUAAAAAGGGGGCUUUUGCAAUGCUUUUAAAAUAUAUGUUUUAUUGUCAACAUUUUCUGUAUCUGUACAUCUUUCCUAUGAACUCAGAUUUGUAAAGCAAAUUAAAGGUAAUUAUCUGGAAGAAAUACUGAAAAGUCUUUUUUUAACUAAACAUUGUGUAACAAAAAACUGUUUUAUGACUUUUGUACCAAACAUUUAGCUUUACUACAGACGCUGGAGGCUGCUCUGUUUAACUCAUCGUUUCUAUCAGAAAAACAUUUAGUUUGUUGGUUUUUAAUGAUUAGAAAUGUAGCAGUGAGCUGAGUUUAUAUACAACUACUGUUAAUUUCUGUUCAAGCCAUCCUUUAAACAAAUUAAUACCAAGUUACUUCCUGUAUUUUAUACACUGUUCUGCAUAAACUCAUCAGUCUUCUAUAAAUAAAACA